UUAUAUUGUGUUAUGGUAGCUGCGUUUGUUUUCUCAGCGUAGAGUUGACUGCGCAUUUAUAAUUUAUAUCAUACACGAAUUGAAAGCAACAAGUAACGGGUUCCAAAAUGAUAAAGUAGGAUUUUGUAUAAAUGCAAUAAGAACAACUCUGUUAAUAAGCUGUUAGCAGCAUUAAUCGGUAUAUCGAUAAGUGAAUAUCGGUCCGGUUUACUGGCAACAACUACAGGCAGUUCGCCGCUAUUCGUAUUUGUAGGCCAAACCUCCGAUUGUGAUGCAAUUGUUGUUUUAGACGAGAAAGUGAAAGUCUUUGAAAUCAUUACUCUCUAUUGACAAACAUAUUAACUUAGUUGCUAUCAAAACAACUUCACGCACUCCUCUGUGUGUGGUCAGUGGAGAACUGACGAUAACGGAGCUGGAGCUGCUGCUACUAGUGCCGCUGCUGCUGUUAGUGUAACGCGUUCCAAAAGGUCAACGACAAGAAGAACAACAGCAACAAACACGGAAAACAACACGCGAUCCAACGAGGGCCCAUGUGCACGCGACUUAAAAGUUGCGCGCGUAACUGGGCCAGGCCAGUUUAACCUAAAAGCACGCACAAUCCCAAAGUAUUCCAGAGUGAACUGAGGCAUGAAUCGCCUCACGCCCACAGGAUGGAGCAUACUGCCGUUUCGAGUCUCCACCACGACAAAAGUUGUGCUCUUCUCGCUGACAGCUGGCGUGGCAUUGAUGAGCGUCCUGUCGCGGUUUUUGCGGCGCCGGAAGCCGCCGCGUCCGAUCCGACGCCCACGAAAGUACACUGGUCGGCGUACUCGGAACAGCAUGCGAAGUCCCAACGAUCUGACUUCAGUGGCCGGAUCAAAGGCAUCAGCGCGGUCGGGCAGCCCCGUCGGCUCAACAGUCGCCUACUCGGAUCGACUGUCACUUGCGUCGGGCUCCAUUGGCGCGGGCGCACAGAAUCAGACCACGGUGGGCGGCAUUGGCGCUGGCGUGGUACCACUGUUGACGGCCCAGCAGCUGGGAGUGAUGGGCAUGGAGGCGCUGGACACAGUAAUCAACUUUUGGGAGGAUGCGCUGGCAGCACACUAUUCGCCCGGCGGUGUGCCUGCCUCGCUGACAACGGCCGAGGACUCGGAGUUCUGUCGAGAGAUACAGAAUUUGCUGGAAAUGUCGUAUACGCUGCAGGAGCAGAGCGAACUCCUGUUUCUUGAUCAGCGCUCGGUGCUCUUUCGCGAGGAACAUUCCAUAGACGAGGCCGAGGAGGAUGGAGGAGCUGCCGCCGGGGAUGGUGAUGAUGAUCGACACUCGCGCAAAUCUGGCAGCGUGCUAAGCCGCGCUGGUUCCGAUCCCAAUUUCGAUUCCGCGGAGAGCUUCGCCUCGGCCCUGGACCAAGUGGCCGAUCUUCGCGAGUUUGACGGCUUCAUUGAGACGGCGUAUGAAGAGUAUCCGCUGUUUCAGAACGCGCUCAAACAUCACGAUGAAUACACAGUGCCAUGCCGGACGAUACGCGCCGAAUUAAUGCACUGCAGCAGCGAUACCGAAUACUUGGCUAAGCUCCAUUGCGUCCGACUCGCUUUUCAAUAUCUAUUCAAGGAUGCAGCCGUGGGCCAAUGGAUCUGCGAUGCGGGCAGGCAAAUAUUGACAGAUCUGCUAUGCCUGGGCGAUAAGGACACCAAAGAGUUCCUCGUUGGCUACGAGGAUAUGGUCAACUUUCUGCAUGAGCCCAGUAACUGGCCGUGCAUCCAAAUGGAACUGGAACAGCGAAACGUCAAGGCGAUGACAUUCUACGAUAUUUGCCUUGACUUUAUCAUACUGGACUCGUUCCGGGAUUUGGAUGCGCCACCAGCCAGCGUCACAGCUGUUGUCCAAAAUCGUUGGCUUUCUAAUGGAUUCAAGGAAACGGCGCUCACGACGGCUGUCUGGUCGGUGCUGAAAGCAAAGAAGCGUAUGCUCAAAUUUCAAAAUGGAUUUAUGGCACACUUCUAUGUCAUAUCGGAGCAGAUAUCGCCGCUGAUGGCUUGGGGCUUUUUCGGUCCCAACGAGAAUCUGCGCGAUAUAUGCCACUAUUUUCGGGAGCAGUUGCUUGCAUUUUUGGCCGACAUCUACAGCUUCCAGAAAAGUCGCUUCACCACCAUCGAGGAGUUCUCGGAGGACGUGCUGAAGCACAUGCAGACGCGCGUCAACAACAUUGGCGUCAAGUUCAGUCAGUAGGAAUCGGACCAC